UCCUCUCUUAAAUCUACUACUUACCACAUUAUUGUCUUCAUCUAUCUCCAAAGGCCAAAGAAAAUUUUUGGCUUAUUACAGACAGCACAGAUAGUUUCCUUCCAUACUUUGUCCGUUUGACCAAAAAAUUUGUCGCACUUGUAUAGACUAGAGAAUCUAGUCUCUUUAAAAUAUAGUACUUCCCACUACCAUGCAGAUCCUUCAGUGGCUCUUCAAGAAUGCAAAUGAGACCAACUCCAACAGCAUUUCUAGCGAGAAUGAAGUAGUUAAUGAUCAGGAGGUGAAACCCCAAGACAUUGUCCUGUUUGGGAUUUCUCAGAAAAAGAGAAGAACUAGAAAAUCAGCAAAAUUGAGCUGCAAGAUCUUCAAGGUGUUCAAUAUAUUACGUAGAAAGGACAUUGUGUCCGACUAUUUCUACAGCACGAUUCAUCUAAAGAGAUUGGGAAGUUCGCGCAGAAGACAGCGAUUUGUGCAUAGCAUGAAGAUGAAAAAACAGACUCUUACACGUAUAUUAAGCGUUCAUCGAAAGGCAGAUUCUGCUACAGCUAGCAAUAAGGUUUUGCCCAUUACUGAUGCAGUAGGAACACCAACAAAUGGUCAUAAGGAGCAAAGUUAUAGUGCAGAAAAGAAAGAAAAAGCAAAAGGGGAUAAAACUAAGGCCAUUUCAAAGAUGAAGGAGCUAAUAAGAUGGGCUGCUGCUGCUAAGUCUCAAAAGGGAGGAAAAUACUUUGGUCGAAAGGUUUUGCACCUACGCGAUAGAUCAGUCAUAAAGGCAGUACCACAUGAUGAUCAACUGAGCAACGAAUCCCCAAAAAUCAGCCUUAGAUGGGAUUAUUUUGAAAGUUGCUCCACAACUUCAUCAGCUUACUCUACAAUUUCAGUCAGUUCCUUGACAAACAAUGACCAUUCUAUCAACACUCCUCUAAACUCAACUCCAGUUCAUAUAGAUCAGUGCCCUGCAGCAGCUAGAAAAGGGAAUUGGGUCACUACAGAUUCUGAAUUUGUGGUGCUAGAGCUAGAGCUGUGAAGAAGUUUGGUGGCCACUCGUGCUAAAUCGCACAAUUUGUGCCACGUUGAUGCAUAAUUAUUCAUGAAUUUUUAUACUCCCUGGUUUUUAGUGGCUUAAAAGUUUUGGAGUAAAGUUUGGUGUAAUGUUAAUUUAACGCACAUGACAUUCACCUUAAGUGUCAAUUUUAUGUUCUAACCAACGUUCAACUCAUUAGUGUUUCAUUUGACCAAUUCCAAAUUAA